AUGUUCACUCUUCGUCAAUCACUUGGUGCUCUUGCGGCACUCGCAGCUGCUCCUCUUGUCUUUGCUGUUCCCAUCACCACAUUCUCGCGCAUCGGUGCUUCAUCGAACGGCAUGGAUAUCUCGAAGCUCCAGCUCCACGCUGCCAUGUCUCCUGGACACUUGACUGAGAACACAACGAUGAGCUUCGUGGUCGACACCCACGACAUGAAGACCAUCUGCUUCGGAUCAUGGGCACCAGAAGGACCCUACCCGGAAGGCGAAUAUAUUCCCUGCCAAAACAGCAGUCUAGGCUGGAACUUCAAGGAAGACACAUACAAGGGGUUGAACCAAUUCACCCUGCAAAUGGAAUACAGCUACGAAGAUGACUCUGUCGGUGAAUAUCCCUACAACAGAGUCACAGAAUUCAGUCACGCAAACAUCACACAAGCCAACAUCGACUGCACCACAGACAGCUGCCAACAAUGCACAAACAGCACCAUCACCGCUAUCGUGUAUGCCUCCAUUGCUUGA